AUUCAAGAAGAGGACAUUCUUAUGAUGGUGAUAUGGAAUCACGAAGCAGGGACCGAGAAAAACACAGAGAAAGAGAGAGAGAAAUGGAUAGGAAAGGGUCCCGGGAAUCUCCAUCUCCAGGGAGAAGGAGCCCAGAAGCAUCAAUAAACCAGAGUUCAGCUCAAGAUGAGUCCUCUACAAAGAAGAAGAAAGAUGAGCUGGAUCCUCUCCUGACUCGCACCGGUGGAGCAUACAUCCCUCCUGCAAAGCUCAGAAUGAUGCAAGAACAGAUUACAGAUAAAAACAGCUUAGCGUAUCAGAGGAUGAGCUGGGAGGCCCUAAAGAAGUCAAUCAAUGGUCUUAUCAACAAAGUCAACAUUUCCAAUAUAAGUAUUAUUAUCCAAGAGCUUCUUCAAGAAAAUAUAGUCAGAGGAAGAGGGCUGCUGUCCAGAUCUGUUUUACAAGCCCAGAGUGCUUCUCCAGUCUUCACACAUGUUUAUGCAGCAUUGGUAGCAAUUAUCAACUCAAAAUUUCCCAAAUCAGAGAAUUAAUCCUCAAGAGGUUAAUUCUUAAUUUUCGAAAAGGCUAUUGAAGAAAUGAUAAGCAACUUUGUCUGACUGCUUCAAAAUUUGUGGCACAUCUUAUUAACCAAAAUGUGGCACAUGAAGUCUUAUGCUUAGAAAUGCUCACUUUGCUCCUGGAAAGACCAACAGAUGACAGUGUUGAAGUGGCUAUUGGUUUUCUCAAAGAAUGUGGCCUCAAAUUAACACAAGUGUCCACAAGAGGAGUCAAUGCUAUCUUUGAACGCCUUCGAAACAUUCUGCAUGAAUCUGAAAUUGACAAAAGAGUUCAGUAUAUGAUUGAAGUAAUGUUUGCUGUACAGAAGGAUGGAUUCAAGGACCACCCAGUCAUCCUCGAUGGACUUGACUUACUUGAAAAAGAUGAUCAGUUCACCCAUAUGCUUCCUUUGGAGGAUGACUACAAUCCAGAAGAUGUUCUUAAUGUUUUCAAGAUGGAUCCCAAUUUUAUGGAGAAUGAAGAAAAGUAUAAAGCUAUUAAGAAGGAAAUACUUGAUGAAGGAGAUAGUGAUUCAAACACAAAUCAAGAUGCAGGAAGUGGGGCUGGGGAUUUAUUUUUAAAAAAUGACGCAGGAAGUAGUGAAGAGGAAGAAGAGGAGGAAGAGGAAGAAGGAGAAGAUGAUGAAGGACAAAAAGUAACUAUUCAUGACAAAACUGAAAUUAAUCUAGUCUCAUUUCGUCAUACAGUAUAUCUUGCUAUUCAGUCAAGUUUAGAUUUUGAAAAAUGUGCUCACAAAUUGCUGAAAAUAGAAUUUCCUGAAAGUCAAACAAAAGAACUCUGCAAUAUACUUGACUUCUGUGCCCAACAAAGGACAUAUGAGAAAUUUUUUGGCUUAUUAGCUGGGUAGUUUUGCAUGCUGAUAAAAGAAUACAUGGAAUCUUUUGAAGGUAUAUUCAAAGAACAGUAUGAUACCAUCCAUCGCCUAGAAACAAACAAACUGAGGAAUGUUGCCAAGAUGUUUGCUCACCUCUUAUAUGCUGACUCACUUCCACAGAGUGUUCUUGAAUGUAUAAAACUAAGUGAAGAAACUACUACAUCAUCUAGUAGAACUUUUGUCAAAAUAUUCUUCCAGGAAAAG